CUCUCACUCCUCACUCUCAAUUCCAUCUUCAAACCGAAACGCGCCAAAGACCACAACAGAACAGAGAAAGAAAAAAACAGGGAGAACACAAAAGAAGAUCGGAGACAUGACUUCCCCUACGGACCGCCUCACAACGGAGCAGGAACUCACCGUCAUCGUUGCCGCCCUCACCAACGUCGUCACCGGAUCCACCUCCUUCUCCUCCUCCCCGGCGGAUUUCAUCCGCCACGCAUCUCAGCCCUCUGCUGCCGUCGGCUCCAGCGGAAGCUGUGGCGGAGUAUUCGAGGACACGUGUCGCGAAUGCAACAUCAAGGGAUGUUUAGGGUGCAACUUCUUCCGCGAAGAGAAAAAAGUUAACAGCGGCAACAGCAAGAAAAGUAGCAUUCAGAAAAGGGCGAAGAAGAAGUACAGGGGAGUGAGGCAGAGACCGUGGGGAAAAUGGGCUGCCGAGAUUCGCGACCCGCGGCGUGCGGCUCGCGUGUGGCUCGGCACAUUCAACACGGCGGAGGAGGCCGCCAUGGCUUACGACAAAGCCGCAAUCGAGUUCCGUGGACCACGAGCCAAACUCAAUUUUCCCAUGGUCGACGAGUCCCUUAGGUCCCAGGCCCAACAGCCCAACGUUAAUGAGGCAAUUGUGAAGGACGAGAAUUCAAAGGAGGAGGAAAUCGAAACGAUGCCGUUUGGGAAUAAAGAGAGCGAGUUCUGGGAAAGAAUGGGAGAUGCUGAUUUUCAGCAGCUUAUGAUGAUGAUGGAUUUUGCUGGAGAUUCUUCUGAUUCUGCGGCUACAGGGAACACCCUCAGUUCUUGAGUUCUACCAUGAAUAAACCCUAAACCCAAGAAUUAAGUAGUAGUGUACAAUAUUCAACUAAGAGCGGGAAGCAUUGCAUUAGUUAGUUUCAGAGUUUAGUAGAAUGUAUAAUUAAUGUACGAAUUUGUAUGCAUUUCUUCUCUUUUUUUUUUUUCCUUCUUCCACUGAAUUUUAUACUGGAGGAAGCUUGUAAGUCCUGAAAUCAUUGUUUUCAAUGUGCAUUGUAUAUUAUGAAUAAUGAUCAAGAUUGUAAUCAUUAUUGUA